CACAUUUUUAGUGGAAGUUUAAAGUUGUUUACAUAUAAUAAGUAAUUUAGCUUUAUAUAAACAAAAUAAACUUUAUAUUGUUGUAAAUAUGCCUAUGAUAAUAAUUUCCGGCUUACCAGCCAGUGGCAAAACCACGCGUGCGAAAAGUCUGCAAAAAUUUUUCACUGAUAAAGGGAAGAAGGUACACCUCAUCUCGGAAAACAUUUCCAUACCCCAUGCAGGUUUUGCGAAGAAUGAAUAUUUUGAAGAUUCACAAAAAGAGAAGCAAGUACGUAGUGACAUCAAAUCAGAAGCGUUACGGUUACUUAAUAAAGAAGAUGUAGUUAUUGUAGACGCUGGCAAUUACAUUAAAGGCUAUCGGUACGAAUUGUUUUGUGCUACAAAAGCUGCGCGAAGUACACAGUGCACACUCUUUUGCGGUAUACCAGAGUCACGCGCUUGGGAAUUCAAUCAACAGCGAACCAGUAAAGAUGUAGUACCAUGCAAUGGCCUCGAUAAAAAUGUAGAUAACUCAGACGUACCAUACACGCGUGAAAUAUUUGAUGCACUAUGCAUGCGCUUCGAAGAGCCACAUGGUAAUUGCCGUUGGGAUAGUCCUCUAUUUGUUAUAUUUCCUGAUGAUACACUUGAUUUAGAAGCAAUGUUUAGUGCAUUAUAUGAAUCUAAACCAUUACCACCAAACCAGAGCACACAGAACCCACCAUUAAGCUCCACAAAUUACCUAUUUGAAUUGGAUAAAUUAACGCAGCAAAUUAUUGCUGAUGUUUUAGCAGCGCGUAAAAUAGGCAAUACAGGUCCUGUGCCGGUAAAAGGAAGUCAAGUGAAAGUCGAAGUGCCAGCAGGCAUAAAUGCUAUACAGCUGAAUCGUUUACGUAGACAAUUUCUCAAUUAUAGUAAGUUACAUCAUGCGACCACAAGUACUUUAGAUAAAGUGCCACAAUUAUUUGUUCAAUUUCUAAACUCGAAUUGCAAUGUAUAGUAAGUUAAAAAUAAAUAUAACUGAAUAUUCAAUUAGAAUAUUUAGUUUGAAAUAA